AUGGAAGAGAGCUUUUCAAAGUCCAAGUGCUUGUUAUAUUUGCCUUUGGGUAGCUGCAAGUCAAGCUUCAAUUUGGAAAAAACAGUAUGCAACCACGGCUUUUUUAUGAUGGCUCCAAACAAGUGGAUUUCAUCAACUAAAUCUCUGCAACGCCCUCUAAGACUUGCGGACCAAUGUUCUAGUGUUAUUGUCACCAUCUCCCAUCUUCCUGAGAGUGCCAAUAUCCAAAUUUAUGUUCAUGACAUGGAAGGUGUCUCCUUAAAAAGUGAACAAGCAAUAUUGAAACAAGUUGCACGGAUGCUAAGGAUAAGUGACAAAGAUGAAAAAGCAGUAAAUGAGUUUCAAGGUCUUUAUCCACAAGCAAAACAAGACGAGUUUGGUAGAAUAUUUCGCUCUCCCUCUCUUUUUGAGGAUGUCGUCAAGUCUAUACUCCUUUGCAAAUGCACAUGGGGCAAGACCCUGAACAUGGUUAAAUCUCUAUGUGAGCUUCAAUUACAACUUAGCAGUGGGCCUCGGUCAAACAGAAAAAAGCAAUGUAAAACCAAAAGAAAACGAGGACAAAAUAAUGCAACUAGUAAAAAAAAUCAUGGAAUAGGGAACUUUCCUAAUUCAAAGGAACUUGUCAAAUUCGGUGAAACUAUUCUGCGAGAGCGCUGCAAAGUAGGAUAUAGAGCACAGUUCAUAAUCAAAUUGGCUCAAAGUGUAGAGAAAGGGACCCUCGUACUAGAGAAACUUGAAAUGGAAUGCAAUUUGUGGUCCUAUAAAGUUGUGCAUCGUAAAUUGAGUGAGUUAAAAGGGUUUGGUCCAUUUGUUGUUGCAACCAUCCUAAUGUGCAUGGGGUGCUAUGAGAAGGUUCCUGUAGAUUCAGAAACAAAAAGACAUCUAAAUCAGGUUUGUUCCCUAGUCUUUGUGCACCAUUUAAUUGCUAAAAUGAAAUUCAUUUGAGAUAUUUAAGAGUAAUUUUGUGAAUAUUUAUAUUUAUUUUUUUAUGAGUAAUGUAAUUCACAUUAUAUGAGAAGGUUCCUGUAGAUUCAGAAACAAAAAGACAUCUAAAUCAGGUUUGUUCCCUAGUCUUUGUGCGCCAUUUAAUUGCUAAAAUGAAAUUCAUUUGAGAUAUUUAAGAGUAAUUUUGUGAAUAUUUAUAUAUUUUUUUAUGAGUAAUGUAAUUCACAUUAUGAACGAAAGAUGUUGCUGACGACUCCUAUUCUGUUAGGCACAUGGAAUCUCAAGUUGCAAUAGUCUAGAUGUUGAAGAAUUUUACAAGACAUAUGCACCAUUCCAGUGUAUCGCAUUUUGGUUUGAGCUUCUACAAAGUUACGAAAAAGAUCAUGGGAAGUUAAGUGAGUUAGACGAAUCUGACUAUCCAAAGAUCACAGGCAGUCAGUUCUUACAAAAUGAAGAAAAUGCGCCCAAAUCAUGAUAUCUUUCAUACUUUUUUUGAUAAGCAUGAUAUCUUUCAUACUUAAUCGUGAUUUUGUUUAAAUUUAGGCUUGAAGUAGAACAUUACAACAAAUUUUGAAAUUGUGGCCUGAUUUCACUACAGGUGUGACUAGCUGCACCACCAGCAAGGGACUAUAAAUUUUGUAAUGGCCUAAUUAAUUGUGGCUCUAAUUGUGUCUGGUGUCUCUUAGGUUUUCUGAUGCAAA